CUUUUUUUCUCCAGUCGUGCACCAUACCGUACGCGUCUACAAAUACCAUCCAUUACAGUAAAGGUACUUAGUACUAAAGGAACUACUACAGUUACUACUGGAUAACUAAUACCUAGACCGUAUAAUAGAGAUUACAUAAACAAUGGAAGCAAGUCAAAUAAGAGUAGAUGCCACUUUGUUGGGAUCCAAUCAGGGCAAAUUAGUACGUUUAAUUGGGAAGGUGAAAUCAUUCAAUCCAAGUACAGGAGUUGGAACUGUUGAUAGUAAUGGAGAUGUUACAGUAAUAUUAAAUCUUUCUGAGAAUAGUAUACAGAUUGAUCAUAUAUAUGAAUUCAUAGGUAAAAUAGGGACUUCUGAUUUGGAUGUUACCGUUUAUUCGUCAGUGGAGUUUUCCGAGAAUACUAAUUUAGAGGUUGCUCAAAAGUUAGUACUGUUUGUUCAUAAAGUGCCUGAGUUAUACUAUUGAUGUAGUAAUUAUAUAGUUUUAUAUAUGUGUUUAUAUAUACGUAUAAUAUAUAUAUAUAUAUAUAUAUAUAUAUAUAUAU